AUAAUUGCUGGCCAGCUCGUUAUCAGCACACCGCCCACUGAUAAGGAGUCGCGGAGCUUUCCGUCGGCCGGAGCCGAAGUUGGCCGAAGGCUUACGGCCGGAAAAGCAGAGCUUUCCCUGCAGCAACAGUAGAAUCGGCGGUGGACAGGCAGAAAUCGCUAGCAUAUGGUAGCGUUGAAUGGCGCAUCGUCUAGCAUUGGCUAUCCUGUCGUUGUGGCAAGCGGUCCUACCAACAUCCUGUUACAUCCAACCUGUAUUUGUGCUACUGCGGUUGCGAGCGGUCUCGAUUCGGAUGCGGAUCCGGGUUUUGUUUUGGUUUUCCCGUCAAAAGGUGCGUGUGCUAGGACAAAAUGAGAUUCAGUCGUCUGCCAUUUGAAUAGAUUGCUUUUCGCAUAAAUAUCAAAAAUAUUUUGAAAAGAAACUCAGUGAAUUCGAUUAUUGCGGCUUGAGUGUUAAAUUUUCGCUUGAUUUGCAUAUGCCAGGAGUGGUUUUCAAAGUUUCUUUUGAAUGUUAAUGAACUGUGCCAAAAGAGAUGAUUAAUUAUCCCGAUUUUGGGUAAAACAAACAAGAAAAAUCAUCUGAAAACAAUUAAUUUUUGUUUAAAAAAGGCUGCUGGAGUUUGAAGAAUCAAGGGUAGAAAGUGAAUUCAGCUCACCGCCAACAUGGUUAUGGUUAGUUCAGCGGUCCUGGGAGCCGCCGCCGGUACUGGCCUGGCUUUGAUCCUGGCCGUGACAAUCGUCAUGUACCGCUACUACCUCCUGCGUAAGCGCGGCAAGGAGUGGGACGAACUGGACCGCUGGGAGGAGACCCGCAUAAUGCGAAAGCUGCAGAUGAAGGAGGUGGCCAUUGCCAAGGAAUGCCAGCCCAUCCAGCCGGCCAGCCAGUUGCAUGGAAUGCACGGCGGCAUGGGCUUUAACCACCACCACAUGGGCUCGGUUUCCGCCACCGGAACGGACAUCUUGCGCGGACCCGCCGAGGUGUUCCACAGUCCGCUCCACUUGCACCACCAGAGCCGCUCCUUCCCGCCGCGACUCCAGCGCACGCCGUCCAUCUCCAGCCAGAGCAGCGUGGACAGUGCCCCAUCGAGGCAUUCGGGUCAUCGCGGCUCCUCACCACAGAUUCGCACCUUUGGACCGGACGGACGCAGCUCUUUGCCGAGUGAGCCGGCCUUUCCGCACCAUUUGGCCAGAUCGCCCAGUCCAAUGCGCACCAUUUCCCUAGACGCCCGCUGCGGCAGUCCCGCCCACUCGGUGGAUCCGGGGGAUCUCAGGACGCCCAGUCCUUCGCAGAGCAGCUUGGCAUCCUUAGCCGGAGGAUCGGGAAUGGGGGGCGGUGGCUCGGGAAAGGGCGUGGGCGUGGCCGGAGGUCGCUGCCUUUCCCCGCUGCUAAUACCGCCGCGAUCGCAGCCCGGAGUGGAUCCCGCCAUGGGUCCGGCCUCCCCGCUGGGCGCCCUCCAACCAGAUCUAUACCGAUUGCCGGACGGACCCGUUUAUUUGACUGCUCCUGAAUCCAGCCACGCCGUGGGUCGAUUGCACCUGCGCGUCAAGUACGACUAUCACCUGUUCGAUCUGACGGUGCAUCUGAUUGAAGCUCACAAUCUCAGUCCCAUUGAGGAGGGUGGCUUCCGGGAUCCUUACGUCCGGCUGAUGCUGCAACCGGAAGUCGACAGCCGGAAGCGACAGACGCACAUCCAUCGGGGUGAAUCGAAUCCUUACUUUGACCAACACUUCAAGUUCCCGGUUUCCCGCGACCAGCUCCAAGGAAAGGAGCUGAUCCUCCAGGUGCUCGACUACGAUCGCUAUUCGCACAACGACAUAAUCGGAGAGGUUCGCAUAUCUGUGGAUGGUCUGGAUCUUUCCAAAUCAGUGGAGAUCUGGGGAGACUUGCUGCGUACCAAGAAACCCAAGGAAGAUCGACCGGAGCUGCUUUGCUCCCUCAACUAUUUGCCACAGGCUGAGCGGUUGACUGUUGUCAUAAUGAAGGCUAGGAACUUGGACACUCUUCAGGAACCUUAUGUCAAGAUCUACCUGAUUCAAAAUGGUAAACGUAUUAAGAAAAAGAAGACUAGCAUCACGAAGUCUGACGAUCCCACCAAUCCCAUUUGGAACGAGGCGUUCACGUUUAAUUUGCAAUCAAAUUAUCUCCACAAUGCAGCCAUCGAGAUCUAUGUGGUGGGAGCCGGCAGCGAGGCCACGGAAAUCGGGUGCUGCGGAUUGGGACCCCAGGAGAGUGGAACCGGGUGCCAGCACUGGCACGACAUGAUUAACAAUGCCCGCAAGCCUACGGCCAUGUGGCACUAUAUCCGCUAGGCCGUAUAACCCGUUAAUGGGUUCCCAAACACAUCCAAUUGCUCCCACAUUGCGUCUAUAUAGGUGUACUACUAAUGUAACCGUGUCUGUGUGAAUUUUCAAAUUGCAUUUUAGGCGGCCUACCGUCCGAAGCUUAUAAUGUCCUACGAAAUCAAAAUCUCAUCUAUAUAUAAAUAUGAAUGAAUGUACAAUAUAUACGUGCUGAAGCUAACUAGCCCUCCAAGAAGCUCAAUCAAAAGUUCCUACGCAACGACAGAAACUUCGAAGAAAUGCCCACGGAAACAUUACGUGUUUCUGAGGGUAAUUGGUUUAACGGUUUGCUUUUGUUGUGCAUUUUGACAUUUCCAUCGACUUCAGCAGACACUUGAGGAGCCCGCCGCCUCCUUUUUCUCCUAUUUCCCCGAGGAGGGCAUUCAAGUGUGCAUUUCUUAAAUAAUUAUGAAUACACCGCACCGGGAAUAAUAAUUCGUAUAGGUGAGUGGUCGUCAAUCAUGCAGGGAGCUCGAACCCGAACCUCCCCUUGGAAGGAGUCGCCCUUUUGUGCCGGCGACAGUUGACAAAUUGCCAUCGUCCUGUUGUCCUGUUGUCCUUUUGCCAUUCGAUCCUGUGUGCGUUUGUCGUCAACUGUUUGACAGUUUUGCCCGCAGAAAAAGAGCGAGAAGUGGCAAGAACCUAUGCUAAUUGUUAAGUUAAACACAAAUAUUCCUUCCAGCCGAGUACGUCUAUCAAGGAACACCAAAGAGCAUUUCUCGAGCACUUUAACCUAUUUUAUAUGUACUUACAACGAGUAUUCCGAGGCAUCUGAAGAAUAAGAAUUUAUGAAAAGGGAAAGGGAAACGGAAAGGGCAAUGCAAAGAGGGCUGGCCAAUUUCUUUCACAUAACUCUAUGAGCGUAAUUUUGAUGUUGUCGCAUGAAAUUCGGGAUGUCAGACCUUAUAAUAUGUGUAAAAUAUGCUAUUUAAUCCCAGUAAAUAUUGCAGAAUACAAAAACUGAAUGUGUGUAAUUUAAACUUAAACAAGACUUGAAAAAUAUAUAGCACUGCACGUGUUAACUAGACAAAAAAAUACAUACUCUAAGGAGCCAGCAUAUAAAUAAAUAUAUAUUAUACACUAUACUUAUACAAGUUUUUCUAAACGAAUCCUUCUACAUAACUGUUUCAAUUUGUCCUAUGCCAGUCGAAACACAAGAACAACAUUGCUGACAUUACGAAAAUAUACCGAAACAACAGAACAACAGGAUAAAUGCUGAAAUACCUCCGAUUUAGGCAAAACAUUCUUACUUUACAACUAUACAAAGAACAUGAAAUAAGCACUCGGAAUGCAAAUAAAAGAAACACCGAAAAGCAAAGCGAAAUGUACAAAACUGCAUAUACAAAUAUAUUUCCUACUUAUAGUGUUUAUUUAUUGUAGCCUAAUGGGAACACUGUUGAAAACUAAACCAUGAAACACUUACAAACUACAUAACAACCUAUAUUAAUAUGAAUGAAAAUGUAUAUGUAAACUUAAAUGUAUGUGAAAUUAAAUUAUUCGGUAAAUAAAUAACUAAAAACAAAGGGAA